AAUUGAGCAAGUUGUUCAGAAAGUUGCUGGGCGUAGUCGGGAAAAACAUUGUUUAAAUCCCUUUAAUUUCCUCUAAGCCGAAACAAAAAGGUUCAAAAUGGCUCUCAGCGACGCAGAUGUACAAAAACAGAUCAAGCACAUGAUGGCUUUCAUUGAGCAAGAAGCCAAUGAAAAGGCCGAGGAAAUCGAUGCAAAGGCAGAGGAAGAAUUCAACAUUGAAAAGGGCCGUCUGGUCCAACAACAGAGGCUCAAGAUUAUGGAGUACUACGAGAAAAAGGAGAAACAAGUAGAACUCCAGAAGAAAAUUCAAUCAUCAAACAUGUUGAAUCAGGCAAGAUUGAAGGUAUUGAAAGUAAGAGAAGACCAUGUACGUGCUGUUUUGGAAGAUGCUCGCAAACGUCUUGGUGAGGUAACCAGAGAUUCAGGAAAAUAUACACAAAUUCUGGAAAGCCUCAUCCUCCAAGGGCUCUAUCAGACAGAAUACACAGGCAUUCUUGAGAACCUCAUUCUGCAGGGGUUGUUUCAGCUCUUCGAAAAGGAUAUUACAGUUAGAGUACGCCCUCAGGACAGAGAAUUGGUAAAAUCUAUCAUUCCUAAUGUCUCUCAAAAGUACAAGGACAUAACCGGUAAAGAUGUAAAUCUUAAAAUCGAUGACGAGAGCCAUCUUUCUCAAGAAACCACUGGAGGAGUCGAACUUUUGGCAUUGAGAAACAAGAUCAAAAUCAACAAUACUCUGGAGGCACGUCUUGAGCUCAUCUCACAACAAUUGAUUCCCCAGAUUCGUAAUGCUCUGUUCGGGCGCAAUGUCAACAGAAAAUUCACUGAUUAAGUAUUUUUUGGAUACUGUGUAUUGCCUGUAUUUUAUAUAGUAUUGUAAAACAUUGUUGGUUGCUUAGACAGAUCUUCAAAAACCUUUAAAACUACUAUGUAUAUACGAUAUAUAUAAUAAACCAUUCCUCUUUUGAAGUAUUUUAAACAGUUAAGUUUGUUGUUACCCUUAUUUGAUCCUUGUCAAGCAGUUAUUUUUGAAAAUCCUUAGAAAAUAAUUAUUUUUCAUUUACAUUAUUUUUUUUUCUCAAAAUAUAUCCAUAUUUAUGUUUAUAUGUAUAUAAAAAAUUAUUUUUUCUUGUGAGAAAUCAUCGCAAUAAAAUUUAUUGUU